CUAUGAAAAGUGUGGAAACGAUACUAUUUACGAACGUCAGUGAACGUGAACGCAGCAGGUUCAGUUUUUUUAUUUGCCACUAAAAGCAGGGGGAUACGUGUAAAAAAAUUCCAUUAUUAUCAAGGCAUGUGUAUUUAGAAUCGUGAGUUAGGUAUCCUGUUGAAAGAGAAACACGGCUUGACGUCCCUGAUCUGAGAUCUUUUAAUCCAGCAUGGCUGGUAACUUUCAGAACCAGCGAUAUAUGCAGGGACGAGGAAACCAAAGUGGAAAUAUGGGCGUGUCUGGGAUGGGCAUGAACGUUAUGAACCAACAAAUGGGAUUUAUGGAGCCAGCUUACAAUGACCAACCGUUAGAAUUUUCAGGAUCCUUGAGGAACGAACCACGCGUUAUCGACGGAGACAGUAACCUCCCCAGACAUGAAGAUGACGGAUUUGGUGAUAUUCCAAGUGACAUGCAUCAGAGUAUACAGGGGAGUCAGUGGGGAAUGGACCAAGUCAUGGCCAACUAUCCCAUGGCACCAGACUAUAUGACCGGGGAUGUCAUGGCUAUGGGACAGUACCAAUCAGACGUUGGCAUUCCAGGGGGUAGACAGGGCUUGCAGAGAGUACUGAGUGGAGCUGGAUUCACUCUCACAUCACCGCCCCCAGGAAGGCAACUUGCUCGACCCACACGAGAGAAGCCCAUUGGCUGCUGCACCAUCUUCGUUGGGGGUGUGCCCGCCCUCUGCACCAAUGAAAUGCUGCACGAGAUAUUUGAAAACUUCGGCACCAUUCGCAAGCUGCUGCGGAUCGGGACUCGUUUCUACUGCCACAUCCGGUUCCUGGACGAGGAAUCCGUGGACAAGGCGUUUGAAGUCUCGGGUUAUAGAAUCAAAGUGGAUAACAGCAACGAUCCUGAGCAUUCGGGAGUCUUGAGAGUCGACUACUCCGAGUCUAGAGACGACGAGGCGGAAUACAUGAGGAAGCAAGAAGACGAGGAAAGGAAGCGGCGGGAAGAAGCGAGGAUAGCGAGGCGAGAAGAAGAGAAGCUCAGACAGAUGUCCAGACACUCGGAAUCGGAGGCUCAGAGACUCACAGAGAAACUCAAAGCUGAAGACACCUUCCCCAGUGCUGUAUCGGUGUUAAUCAGUUGGUUAGAUCGAGGCGAUUGCAAGAAACAAACGGCCAACAGUUUCUUCUCACUGGUCCAAGCUGCUUUCGGUCAAACGAGACGAUUAUCGUCAGAAAAACAACGUCUAGACGAACAAAUCCGAGCAAUGACGGAAAUGGCUCGCAAACAGACCGGGGACAUCUACUCACAAUUAUCCUUGAUCAACCAAGUGUUUGUCCGUGCCACCAAGCAACCGUCUAGAGAUCAGUUCAGCAAAGCACAACGGAAGCACAUUGAUAGCUGGAAGAAAACUGUCCAGGAGCAGUGCAGCCCCAUGCAGGAGGAGCUCGGUAUGACCGACAAAGGAGAGGCCGAUAUGGAUGUAUCCGACGAAGAGGAAACGGUGGUUAGCAUCAAGGAAGAACAAGGAGUUAAGAGAGGACCCACAGGGGAUGAAGAAGCCAAGAGAAUCCGGCGCGAUCUCGCCCUGGAGCCACCGCCGCCGCCACUGGAACUUGCCGUUGCUUCAGCACCCCCCAGCAGCAUCAGUAAAGAUGAAGCCGACGCCCUCAGAUGUCAACUAGAGGCGUUCCGUAACGAGGUGGACCUCUUGAAGAUGGAGAAGUUGCAAUAUGCCGAUGAGAAGGAGACACAGAUCAAGGCCCUGCAGCAUGCACUGCUUGGGAUGCAACAGCAAUUGAUGGAAGCCAAGAACAAGUUGAAGAAGGAAGAUGAAACGAAGAAAGCUGAGAAAUCGGAUUCUGAAUCGGAGGCUAAAGAGGCAAGUAGCAGCAAGGCUGACAUCACGUCAACGGAGGGCACAGAACUCGCGGAGAAUGACGCAAUGCUUGUGGGCAUCAUCAGCACAUUCCUACAUGUUCAUCCCUUUGGCGCGUCCGUUGAGUAUCUCUGGUCCUAUCUGCAACGGCUCAGCUUUAACGUCUCUCCACAACAAAUUGAAGGUUUAUUAAGCAAGUUCCCCAAGAUGUUCCAACAAGAACUGUUUGGAGUCGGCGCCACGCUGGAGAAACGCUGGAAGUUCAUCGGCUAUAAUACGUGCAUGGGACAGUCGCCUAGCAACCGCACAACCACCACAAACUGAUGCAUGAUGGGAAAUGGCGAGCUUAUUUUUUAGGAGAAACGGCGGAUGUCUGUCGGUUUAUCCUACAUGCUAAGGACAGUUGUCCAGCAACCGUACAUCAACAUUUGUGCGUAAAUUUAGACCUACAUUAUACUUAAAAUCUUCCGCACUGCUCCAGGAUGUCACUGGCUCUGCCUCAACAUAUUGCCGGAGGAUUUUGCAGGAUUGAGGCAGUGGUCACCCCUCCAAGGACCACAUUCAAGAAACAAGGGAGGUUCUCCUGUCGGCUGAAUUUAUCGAACGGUCGCCGUGUUUCAUCACGUAUUUAUAUAUUGUAGAUCUUUUUUUACUGUUUGCGAAAGGAGACACGAUGCAGAAGAAUUUCCACAGCAUUGCUUGAACUUCAGUUCUGCCAAAUGUUGAAAUUGGACGUCAAUGCUAACCUUCCCAAAUCCUCCAAAAUGCUCUUUGGAAUAUGGAAGAUUUUGCAGGAUGGAGACUGCAUGGCAAAAAUGUGUGGCUGAUUUCGGAGGAUGCACUGU